AUGAUACCCGUGCUACGACGCAGCCUCCAGCGGAUCUCUCAGCCCACACGCCCUGCUGAGGUCCAAGGACGGCACUGGGGCUUCGCUUGGGGCACGAUUCAACUCGUCGGCUUGGGGAGCGAUUGUGGCUGCUUCCACGCACAACGUCUUCUCAAUAGCGUUACCUCAAACGUCUCUAGCUUGAUCGAUCAUUUUGAGGCUGCAGUGUACAAUGAGCUCAUAGAUUGUGAUGUCCGCCAGGUGUGGGGGUGUUCGAGAUGCCUACGCGACAUUAACCAGAGUCCCUGUAACUAA